AUGAAGCUCGUUCGGUUUUUGAUGAAAUGUGCCAAUGAAACGGUGACGGUUGAACUGAAGAAUGGCACAAUCCUCCACGGCACCAUCACCGCCGUCUCUCCUCAGAUGAACACCGCUCUGCGCACCGUCAAGAUGACACCCAAGGGCCGCGAUCUUAUCUCCCUAGACACGAUCAACAUCCGCGGCUCCACGAUCCGGCACUUCAUUCUCCCCGACAGCUUGCCUCUCGAUACCCUCCUCGUGGACGACCAGCCGAAGCCCAAGAACAAGGCGCGCAAGGAGACGGAUCGGGGCCGCGGUCCCCGUGGUGGUGGUGGUGGAGGACGGGGCGGUAGAGGCCGGGGACGGGGCCGGGGACGGGGUCGUGGUUUCUAG